AUGGGUGGUCCGGUGGCCAGGGAGCGGAGCUCCGGUGGCGCACUGGUGGCUGGGCGGUGGCGAAGCGGUGGCCGGCCGGAAAAAAAAGGCACCCAGGGAGUGGAGCGGAGGGCGGCCGGAAGCGGCGGCAGGGGCCAGGGAGGAGGUCGGGGGCUGCAGGUGGCGGUAGGUCGGGCAGCUGGUAGUGCAGGGAGGUGGCGGCCGGUAGGGAAGCGGCGGCCGGGCAGCGGGAAGGCCAGGGAGCUGGGCGCCUGGCGGUGCAGUGGGGCUAGGCUGGGCGGUGGGGCCAGGCUGGGCAGCGCGCGGGGGACUGGGAUCUGCACGGCCGGUGGGGGCCGGAGAUCGGGAGUUGUAUGGCUGGUGGGGGCCGGAGACUGGGCCGGUGGCAAUCGGAGAAACAACAGCGGUGGCAGGAGAAGGAUGGAGGGGCCACUGGCGGGGACCAGACUGUUUCUUCCUGUUCUUGUCACAGGUUUGGUUGAGUUUGUUCGUGUUCCUACUUCUACUCUUAAUCAUGAUAAGAAGAUGUGA